GUCUCCCUCUCUCUCUCUCUCUCUCUCAUUCUCUCUCUACGAAAACACUUUCGGGAAGAAUAAAGUUUUUUCCCCCCUCACACGGACCUGUGCUCAGCCAGUCUUUACUCAGAGCCAAACCGUGGCCUAGCAGGAAGAACGGCUCGACUAUGUGGAGAAAGAAACGGGCACUUGGGGAAACCGUGGCUUGUCUCGUAUUUCUUGUGACGCUCGCCGAUGCUUAUCGAUUCCUGAGCCACAGCACAGCCUCCCAAUUCCUGAGCAGGCACAGGAGAGCCAACUCUCUGUUUGAGGAGAGCAAGAAGGGCAACCUGGAGAGGGAGUGCAUUGAGGAGCUGUGCAACAAGGAGGAGGCCAGGGAGAUCUUCGAGAACCAGCCGGAGACGGAGUACUUCUACCCCAAGUAUAUUGUGUGCCUGGGUUCACACCGUGUCGGCAUCAACAACCAGAACUCGGAUACUGUCAUCCCAUCUGACCUCCGCACUUGUGUAAAGGAGAUCAGUGACCAGUGCACGCCGUUUCCAUGCUACAGGGAGGGUUCAGAGCGCUGCAUUGACGGCCAGGCCUCCUUCACAUGCGUGUGUAAGCCUGGCUGGAAGGGGCCACGCUGUGAGAAUGACAUCAAUGAGUGUUCAGAUCCGGAGUUUCCAGCAGGGUGUAACCAAAAAUGCUACAACAUCCCCGGCAGUUUCCACUGCAUGUGUGAAGAAGGCUACUUCAUCAGUGACAAAAUCAAGUGCACGGAUAUCGAUGAAUGCCGAUUGUACCCCAGUAUUUGUGAAGCGCCCUCUAAAUGUGUCAACACACCGGGCAUGUACGAGUGUGAGUGUCCCCCGGGACUCAAGUACAACUUCACUUCCAAAACCUGCGACGAUGUGGACGAGUGCAAGAUGAACGUGUGCGAUGGCACUUGUAUAAACACAGUGGGCAGCUACACGUGCCACUGUGAUGGUCGUCGGGGUCUUCGUUUGGCGGAGGACGAGCGAUACUGUCAAUCAAUCCCAGUUUGUGUCGAUCUCUAUGAAUUUAAACAUCCCGAGAUGCUUUACCUGGGGGAGCAGUUCGCAGGGCUUCCUGUCAUUUAUCUGCGCUUUCGUCUGCCUGAGAACACAAAGUUUGCAGCAGAGUUUGACUUCCGUACAUUUGAUCCAGAGGGAGUUGUUCUGUAUGCUGAGUCCUCCCAGGACUCAUGGUUCAUGCUGGGGCUAAGAGGUGGUCGCAUUGAAGUCCAGUUCAAAAACCAGCACACAUUUAAGGUCACCAGUGGAGGCAAAGCCAUCAAUGAUGGACAGUGGCAUGUGAUCUCUGUGGAUGAACUGGAGAGCAGCAUCAGUGUGAAGAUCAGCAAGGAAGCUGUAAUGAGCAUCAACAGCCCUGAGAGUCUCUUUACUUCAGUUAAUGGCAAACUGGAGACCAAGGUCUACAUCGCUGGUCUGCCCAACCGCACUGACAACGUUAUCAAACCUAUCAACCCCCGACUUGAUGGCUGCAUCCGGGGAUGGAACUUGAUGAACCAGGGGGCAUCUGGGGUAAAGGAGGUCAUCCAGGAGAAGGAGAGCAAACACUGCUUUGUGUUUGUUGAACGAGGCUCUUUUUUCACUGGUGAAGGACUGGCACAAUUCAACAUUGACUACAGUGAUUCUGGGAGCUGGAACGUGGAUGUAACGAUGAGCGUACGUCUGUCCAGCAGCACAGGGGUCCUCCUUGCUCUUGUCCACAACAACACGGUCCCCCUCUCGGUCGCCGUGGUAACGCAGGGAGAAGACGAGGCUAACCUUCAAGUGUUCUUGGAUGGCGUUUCAGUGGCGACGCUGGACUCUUUGAUGUUUUGUUACCCCGACCGGCUGACGGUGCAGCUGAAUGUAACUCCAACAGAUAUCCAAAUCUCAGCUAACUCCUCCACUGUUAAAUACAUAAAGUCUGAUGCCCUGCAGGAGGCACUGGAGCGCCUCAACUCCACCAUGCAGAACCCUGUCAGCACCUACAUUGGUGGGAUACCAGACGAUGUCCCAUUACCUGCCACCCCUGUCACGGCUUUUUAUCACGGCUGCAUGGACAUCACGAUCAGCGGCCACCAGCUGGACUUUGACGAAGCGCUCAGCAAACAUAACAGUAUUAAGUCCCAUUCCUGUCCUCCUGCCUCUGCCCCCGAGACUCACUCUGAUGUACCCCACCCGCACAGAAAGUGACCUUAAUUAACAACCAGAACUAUUUUAAAAGCCCUCACAUUAGGCAGCGUCCCACAGUGCCCUCUUCUUGGGAUAUUUUGGAAAAAGAGAUAUAGGAGAACAGAUGAAAGGGAGAGAAGGAAGUGAGAAAGAAGUGACAAGAAGAGGAGAUAAUGGUAGAAAGUUAGAGUCAUUUUUAUCGACUUUCUCGGGUUUAUGAUAUUGUCAAUUUCCUGGGAGAAUUUUGUUUUGGAUUUUUUUUUCAUGAGGUACGACGAAAGCUGGCUUGUCAGUGAGCUAAUAAGAAGCUUGAUGGCAGUAAUGACGUAGUUGUAGCAGUUGGUUGCAAUGAAUUAUAUGAUUUCCAAGAAACAUUGAAAAAGAGCUGAGCUCUGUUUCACACAUACCAUGUGUUGUGCAAGAGAUGGUUGUGUUUGUGUAGAGAAAUAAACAAAUGGUCACUGCUGACCAGGCUUUGAGACCACCUGCAUCUUUUUCCCUGUUGUUGAAUCAUGAUACUUUUUGUAAUUUCUCUUUCAUUCUAGUCUCAUGGAGGAAAAUGUGUGGAGACAACUAGAUAAAGUCAAGGUUGUAGAGCUUCUAGAUGGCUGUGAAAGCUGUGCCUCCAAACGUUCAAUCCAAUUCUUUUACAUUUUCUUGUUUGAAUUACCCUCCCUUAUUGUAGCUCUGCCUUCAAAACUUGUUGAAUUGGUUUAGAAACCUUGAACAUGGUUGGUUGUUUCACCGCUCUCGUCCACAUUUAAACCAGAAUCCACCAUGGUCGUCACCAGAUGCAUUCCUCUCUAUAUGGCUGGUCUUGCAAGACCAUCUACAACUUGUUCUUCUAUUUUUGUCCUCAUCGAGUUUGCCUUGUAUAUAAAACAAGCCCUCUUUAAUAUAUAACUUAAAUGUAGUUGUUCUGUGUUUGUUUUAUGUUUCUUUUAAUAAAAUUGGUCAAAGCAACCUAUCUCGACACUACAUUGCUUUCUUAAGCCUUCUAGCCUUAGUGA